GCCGCGCGCGCCGUGAGCCUGGCCGUGUGGGCGCUCGGCACGCUGGUGGUGCUGCCCUUCGCCGUGUUCGCGGGGCUGGACGAGGCGCACGGCCGGCGCCAGUGCGUGCUGCUCUUCCCGCAGCCCGAGGCCGUGUGGUGGCGCGCCAGCCGCCUCUACUCGCUGGUGCUGGGCUUCGCGCUGCCCGUGUCGGCCAUCUGCGCGCUCUACGGCACGCUGCUGUGCCGCCUGCGCGCCAUCCGGCUGGACGGCCACGCGCGGGUGCUGGGCCGCGCCAAGAAGCGCGUGACCCUGCUGGUGGCGGCCAUCCUGGCCGUGUGCCUGCUCUGCUGGACGCCCUACCACCUGAGCACUGUGGUGGCGCUCACCACCGACCUCCCGCAGACGCCGCUCGUCGUCGGCCUCUCCUACCUCAUCACCAGCCUCAGCUACGCCAACAGCUGCCUCAACCCCUUCCUCUACGCCUUCCUGGACGACAGCUUCCGCAAGAGCCUCCGCCAGCUGAUGGGCUGCCGCUCCGAGGCCUGAGCGCCACCCCGCCGCCGCUCCGCCGGCCCUGCCCUCCGCGCCGCGCAUGGGAGGCGCCCGAGAGUGGUACCCACAGGCGGCCUCGCGUCCGGGGUGCAUGCG